AUGACGAUCUCAUCGGAGAUUAACCAACAAAUAUCUCAAUCCCUGUGCGGAAAGGGCUGGAAAGUGUUGCUCACCUCACCUCAGGUGCAGCUAUGGUCAAAGUCGGCCGACACAAGCGACCACUGGUCUAUUGGUCACCAACGGGUGGUCACUGUACUAACCGAUCGUAUCAGUGAUGGCCAGUGUCUGGUACGGGUGUACGACCAGCACCUAAACACCAUUCACUUCGAGCUGGACCUAAGACAGGCCAACUUUUCUUACGAGCCAAACCAGUCGGACUUUCACGUGUUUAAAAUGGCCGCCGGAUGGACAGGGAUCAGGUUUGGUGAUCGGUCGGACUCUAACGAGUUUAAGAGUUUGGUUUACGAGCAACAACUGCAACGACUGAAGCGAUUGGUAGUCAGAGGAAUGCCGGCGGAACAACCUAUGGACACGCCAUCGGUUGGCAAACCGAUGAUGAUAAUGGGUCCGAAGGUUAGGGCACCGCCGAGUUAUAGCGAUGUAACCAGCGUUAAGACACCAAUAGAUGUGCCCAUAGAUAGCAGAUCGACACCACAACCGCCAGUACUGGCGCUAAAGAGUGACCGGUCGGCGGAGGGGUUGGAACAGAUACGGCACGGGAUGGUCAGUAAGGGAACGGCGACUGUGACCACCGGCUUGUCUUAUGACAAUAAGACAAUGUCUUACAGAACAUGUCUUGACGGCGCCGAUGACAACGAGAGUCUCUUCUCGGAUGUGACCAUCAAUGGUAAUGGUCUUGAUAUGAAUGUGAACGCACUGGUGGUGAGCGCUGGCAAAGACCAGCCAUUGCCACCUCUGCCACCCCCACCGCCAGCCCUACUCUCGCCGGCAGCCAGUAACAUACCAUCAUUGGUGACCACCGCUAGUAAGCGGCAGAAGUGGACGAUUGAAAGUUGGACACAAACGGAACCGUUGGUGACAACAACAACAACACCAGCGCAAGAGAUAUCGCAUAAAGAAGUGUUGGACAGGGCUUUGAAGGCGAUGUCUGCGGCCAUACAUUUCAUACAAACCCACGACAUAUCGACGCCGGAAGAGUUGGUCACUCGAAACGUGCCUAAAGUUAAACAAUGUUACGGUUUGGAUACCGUCGAUGAGAUACCGGAUGAGGUGAUUGAGAAGUGCGUGGAUUACAGCACCGCCGAUGCGAUACUGUCAUCGGCGGCCGUAUUGGACCAAUUGAUGGCUACUAAAUCUGUGGUCAAAUCGCGGCAUAAGUUGGCAAACAAUGGCUGCUCUGUUCCGACAAUUCCCAAAGAGAUCGCAAUAUUUACGGAAAAUGAUGGCAAUGGCGGCAAAGAAGUGGAUGUAUAUCCGAAAUCUAUUGACAUAUCACUGGCUGGCAGUUCAUCGACAGCGAAACAAAUGAUGCCAAUGUCUGUGCCGUUGGUUGAGUGGUCUGCCGGCGGAGACAUCGGGAAGUGUUGUCUCACAGAUAGUAAACCAUCGGAUCAAUUGGUGUCCACAAAAAUGGCUAAAAAGCUGAAACAUUUAUUGCCGGGUAAAGAGGAGGAAGAAUAUGAAGAAGUGUCUGAUAACGACAAAGAGGAGGAAGCGGUCAUCACUACCACCAAUAUUCCCAUUGAUUUAUCGUUAAGACACACAUCACUGACCGGAUGUGAUGGCGAAGAGACUUCUGUUAAACGUAAACAGUGGUCGUCGGCAGAGAUCUGUACGAAUCCGUGUCCGCUGUCGUCGACUGAUGAGGACAACGACCAGAUGUUAGAUCAGACACACGACGAGAGUAUGGACAAGAUUGUGGACGAGAUAUUCAAUGGUAUAUUAGACGAAGAGUUAACGAAUCAGAUCCCAGAUAUGGUUAAAAAAGAGACAUCAGUGGCCAGAAGUGACAAUCACUCGUCAUCGCUGACAUACGUCCCGUCCCUAAGAUCAUCAGCUGAAGAAGAAGUCGAUGGCAAUGGUAUCCAUGUCUGCGGCGGUGGCGGCGAUGAUAAGCAAAUACCGCGAUCGUUGGCCCGAGAGUUGAACCGUUGGGAACAGACAUUUUCACGGCUCGAUUGGAAACGCAUGUCCAUCACCAAGAAGUGCACACCAGUGGCCCAAGUCGUUGGACACAAAGCCAGUCCCACCGCACCGGUAGUCGAGACCGGUAUUCCCGACCACACCGUCGACUAUCACUUACGCCAAUUAUCGCAACUCUUGUCUAGCGGUUCCGGAACUGAUGCCCAACAUAGGGAUUGGUGGACACAUACGGGUGACUGUCCGCCGACGUACGUGACAGUGGCCGCCGUUAAACGGUGGGUUAAACACUUGGGGCCCUACUGUAGGCCCGUAUCGAUGGUAUUUCUGGAUGUGUUUGUGUGGGCGCCCCGACUGUCCACCAAAUGGUCGGUCCACUGGCCGGCGGCCCUCUGCUUACUCGAAGACCGGCGCCGUUGCGGCUAUUAUUUGCGAGUUUACGACAAGAACUUCCACCGAGUGCUUUGGGAACGACAACUGACCGUCGAUGUCGAGCACCGGGCGCUCGACGUACGCCUACAUGAAGUCAGGUUCGGUGACUGUAGAGCUGGACUCGCUUUCCAGAGCGCCGGCAAAGGGUUUGAGUUUGCAUUGUCUGUGAGGCAUGUGUUGAGUGGUUUGGAUGAGAGGUUAGAGCGGCUCCGGGCGGCCAAAGUGUUGGAGGACCGGGAGAUGAACUUCCAAAGUAAACGCCAGGCAAAUGGUUUUGGCAAAUGGUUUGGCCAUUGGUUUACCGCCAGUGGAAAGGCGACGGACAAGGGCUCAGUGGUCGGCGAUGUGUUGGCCUACGAGAGCGAUACCACUAAAGCGCUGAUCGAUAAUCUGUUAAUACAUCCGGCGAUUAAAGGGUUGAUUAUAGCGAUGAUCGAUAAGCACAGGGCGGCUGCUGUCGGGAUGGCCGGGGGUUUAGCGUUGAAUAGACGGGUGACUAGUUUUAGAUAA